AUGCAAGCGAUUACUUACUCUCGUGUCACGGACAUCAAGUUUGACCUGGACGUGCCCUCCAAUGUUACUGGCGCGUUACCUGCCGUCGUCUACAUCCACGGCGGCGGAUUAGUAGCAGGCUCCCGAGAUGAGCCUGGUUCUGCUGGGGUGGCGAGCUUCGUACGACGGUUUGCUCUCGCGCGAGGGUACCUUUUUAUUUCGACUGACUACCGCCUGAUAUGGCCGUCCACCGGCCUCGACCUCAUCGACGACAUGAAGACUCUUUUCGCCUUCAUCGCAAAAGCUAGGAUCUACGCCCGGCCGAAGCCCAUCGCGCUCGUAUCUAUAUUCGGCGCGGGCGGCGCGAUGCUCAGCGACUUCUGGGUGACGCCCAAGGGCGCGGACAUGCACAUGCCGUUCCCCGUCCCUCGCAUACCUUCUGGACCGCCGCCUGCGCCGCUCGCUGGAGCCGCGAUCAAGAUCCGCGCGAACGGGGCCAUCACCGACGAUGAGGGGAGGGUGAACCUCUUGUUCUAUGGUGGCGCACGGGCGAGAUGGUCGACUACCUCCUUGGCGAGAGGGUCUCUGAGUCACUCCGCGCGUUGCCUGAGUCCGAGCGCACCUGCGUCCGCGAUCCUCGAGGCGCAUGUGGAUGAGUCAUUCCCGCCGACGUACUUCGUCCACGGGGAGAAGGACGGGAUCGUUCUUCCCGAGGAGUCUCGGGCUACUCACACACGUUUGCGCGAGAUUGGUAUCCGCACCGAGCUUGAGAUCAUCCCGGAUGGAACACAUGGCCUGAUGGCGAAGACGGUCCCUCCUACACUGACACCUGACGCUCAGGAGGCUUACGAGCGCGGGAGUUCCUGGAGGACGAGAUACGCCGCCACGCAGCAUAAGAGACCGCCACUUGGCGUCAUAAUAGUGCAGUGA